AUGUCAAUAAUAUUUCAUACCGCAAAUGGUCGAACUCGAUUAAAUGCGACAUAUUUUGAUGCACAACUAUAUAAUGAUGAUGAAUUUCCAGACAUACGUGAUGCACGUGAGGUUGGAAAAGAAGCUGGAAGAGAAUCAGAAGGAGAGAUCACAUUUAAAUUUGAAAAAAUUGGAGAUCCUCCAGAGGGUGAAGAAAUGUUGUUCGAAAAAGAAAAAUUGUAUUUGUUUAACCCUGAGAACAAGAUAAAAACGAAGAAAGAAGUUGAGAAAGAUACACAAAAAUACGACAACCCAGGAUUGAAGGGAUAUCAAAUUGCUCUCAUCGUAAUCGCAGUUGUUGUUGUCAUCGUGAUUAUUGUCGUCGUUGUUGUCAUUCUAUUAUUGAAGAAAGGCAAAGAAUCUCCUAAAUCAAACUCAGGAUCAGGCUCUGGCGAAAAUGCAUAA